UGUUGUGACGCUCUCCUAUGGGAAACUUUCCAAGCGAACUAGACGUGCCAAUAGGUUGGGCAGGACCAAAAAUUCCUGAAGAAUAUAACAAUGUCAAAGUCACCAGCUCCGCCCGCCGACUUUCGACAUCCAGAGUCUGAUCCCAAAGAACCUCUUCGGAAGGAGUCCACACAAUGUCAAAAUUGUCUUAAAUCGCGUGCAGAUGGAGCUAUCAUGUCUCGAUGUAGUGCUUGCAGAGUUGAUCUGUACUGCAGCAAAGAAUGCCAAAAGCAAGCGUGGCCAGUUCAUAAAGCUAGAUGCAAGCUUAAUCGCCGGGCGCAGACGUUGGGAGACGGGCGGACUGAGCGCCUGAAAGUCCUCCGUGACUUUACCCAGAAACACCGGCCAACUAUCUCGGAAGCGGGUCUUCGCGCAUUGGACCUCUGUGUUGAUCGCACUCGUGCUGAUCGCGAUGUCUUAAUCAUAUAUCUUCGGCCACGACCGGGAGCAACCCGCAUAGAGACGCAGUUCUAUGUCAUCGAUGCCGAUGUCAUGCCUUUCGAAAGCCUUCCCAAAGAGAAACAUGAAGAGAUGCGGUCACAGUUGAAGUACGCCUCCGAGGUCAAUGUGAAGCAUGGAGCAGAUGUAUUGGACCAGUUGCAUCCAGGGCAGCCGUGGAAGGAGUUGUUGAUUACUAGGCUGAACGAGGGUAUUGUGAAUUGAUGAUUGCAGAGUAUCGCAACUUACCUAUGUCCAGCUGUAUCACGUAUACUAUAUUGCUUGUGUUCUACUUCCUUAUCGUAGGUGCAUAUAACUCCUCUUGCCCCCUUCCGUUUCUUUAUAUGUGACUCAGAUAUAUCGGAACUACGACCGUGUAUAGCACGGAAUAUUGCUGCUCGAAUGGAUCAAUUCAUGGACAAUAACGAUAGCGAUUACUUCUGAGAGAUGGAUAAAAGGGAGUGCUGCAUACUGUGUGGAUACCGGACCAGGUUUCCUGCCGAAACACGUUAACGGUUCUCGAAGUGCUCA